CUUUCUUUCUUGUUGAUCAAAGUGCAGUCUUCUUCUUUUCCACAUUUGUCGUGACAAGCUUUUACUGUUACUUGCUGUUUUCUAGCUGGUGGCCAUGACAUGCAGAAGCUUGGUCCUGUUUCCAUCAGAGAAGAGAACAAGUUUCCGGGAGAUGGUUUAGAGUGUCAGGCUGGCCAAGAGAACAACAGAGAAGGCUUCCUGAAGCGGAAAGGAGGAGAAUACACUUUCCAGCUGGAGGAAGCGGUCCUCGCUGCAGAGAAGCUUAUGCUGGCGUGGGGUUCCUAUGGCAUUGACCGCAUCACGAUCGAGGAACGGGUCAGGAAGCUGAGAGAAGGUCAUGAGAGGCCUUACGAUUGGGAGGAUGCUUUGCUAUUAUGGGUGAACGCAGUGACGCAUUUCGUGCCUUUGACGGUGGAGGACAUCAUGGUUGACAUGCGGGACGGGAGGGCAUUGGCAGCAUUGAUUCUCUUCUAUGCUCCUCAGCUCAUUGAGCAGGAAAAUAUCCUCUCAGACAUAACCUUGUUUCUUUCUUUUCCCUCCAUUCCCUCCUCUCUCAGAGACCACGAACGCCUUCAUACUAAAAUCUGUUUGGAGGAGGGACUGCCAGCGAAUGCAAAGGCCUCCAACAUAAGUAUUGUGGAAGCAGCAGCAGCACGGCUGGGCCUUCAGUUCCACUUGUCUGUUCAGGACUUGGUGUACGGCCAUUCUGGCGUUAAGCCUGCUUUGCUUUGUUUCCUGGGCUGUGCCUUUCGUCUCUUCGAGCAAGUUAAUCUCUCGAAAGGACUGCCUCCACGAGAGUUAGCGAAGGACAUGUCGAAUUCACGUUCCGAGACGUCGCAGAUUGCACACUCAGUCCCCGAGAAGACGACGAUGGUGGGCGACUGCAAAGAGGAUGGCGACAUCAGUGGACCGGGGUACUGUAGAGUGGAAGAAAAAGUUGUAGAGAAGAGUGGUGAGGCCGCUAUGACGAGCGGCAACAGCUCUUCUGAUCUGUUAAAAAGCGGAGGAGGAGGAGGAGGAGGAGGAGGAGGAGGAGGAGGAGGGAAUGGAGGGGAAAGUGCAUUGUGCUUCACAGAGGAGCAGAUGGAAACAGGGAUGAAUGGCAGCAUGUCUGAUAUUCUGCAAUGCCAGGACCUGCAGGGUGUGGACAAGAGUGGAGACUUCCCAGGUAGCACCAGAGAGCGGUUGCCGCAGGGAGGAGAGGGAGAGGUAGGUGUUGGAGAACCAGUGUCCAUCUCGGAUGGAGAACUGGGAGAAAUGUCAGAAGCAGUACUUGGUUUCCUCCCACAGGCCGACACUUGGUCAGUUGACUCAGCAUUGUCCUCUUCUCCCCCAACUCCGUUAUCCCCCCCCCCUCUUUCCUCCUCCGCCUCUUCCCUGCACUCCUUCUCUUGUCAAAAGCACCCCUCAGAGUUACGGCCAACCGGGGUUGAUGAUAGACACUUGCUAUGCUCAGCAGAUUUGAAUUGUGAUUCGCCGACCUCUAAUAAGCCGUUAUCCCUGUCUGCGGCAGGCAGGGACACCUUCAUCCCAACGAGGCAGCGGGACACAGAGAGAAAAUGGGACAGUUACGGGAAGAAUGGAGUGAGCUCCGCAGUCGGCUCUGCCCCAACGACACCAUGUUCUCUUCGACAGCAUCAAGACAGUGGCAAACGCUUAGCUUCAGCUGAUCAACAACAGCUGUGGAGGAGUUUGGAUCUAACUAGGCCAGCUGCAGCAACACUAGCAGCCACAAGUGUAACAUCAUCACCUGUCAUAAGUCCCAAUUGCUGCAGCCAUCAGGCCCAUUCUCCUACAAGCGGAGAAGAGAUGGCUGUUGGUCCUCAUAAAGCUGCAAUGAGACGUGAACAAGAGGAGGAAGGAGAGGGUGAGGGGACCUCCUCAUCUUCGUCCCCUUCACCCUCCUCGACCUCUCCCUCCCCUUCCUCUUUCUCAGCGACAAUGGAGCAUAAAUUACGUCAAGAAGGGUUAAAGAGCCCAUGGAAAGCUUCGAUCAACAGCCAUGAAAUCCUUUUCUUGAGGUCACAAGUCCAGGAGGAAGGAGGGGAAGAAGGAGAAGGAGGAGCAGGAGAGGAAGGAGGAGAAGGAGGAGCAGGAGAGGAAGGAGAGGGCAGGGGAGCAAAAGAAACAGUACGGAAAAAGCAGAGGGAGAGAAGGACAGUUGUCAGCGGAAUUGAAGCUCGGCAGUGUAGGGGCAAGGAAGGAGAUUGCUUUGAUGAGACCCAAUCUUGUGCGGCAGACACUGAAAAAAGCGCAUCUAGAACAACGGCAGAAGAAGACCAUCUAACGGAAAGUUGGCAGGGGAACACAGGGAUGCAGAGCGGAUUUCCCAGGAAAAUGUUAAACAGCAGUUCUAACGCCAGGCAAUCACAUUGCUCACAACCAACUGAUUCUGGAACAUCGACAUUGCCAUUACUUUCUCCUGUACCAUCAUCAUCUUCUUCUUCUUCUUCUUCUUCUUCUUCUUCUUCUUCUUCUUCUUCUUCUUCUUCUUCUUCUUCUUCUUCGACGUCGUCAUCGUCGUCGUCGUCAGCGUGGGCUUCUGCUGCUCCUCCUCCUCCAGCAUCUGAUUCAAAAUCCUUGCAUUCUGGGAAACUGACAACGAUGACGGUGACCGUAGACUCGCAUUUGUCCGGUGAACAAGUUGCUCCAUCCCUGGUCUCUUUAUCCUCCUUAGUAUCACUCCCUACCUCUCCCAUCCUGGUUCCCAACGUAUCUCCAUGCGCCUCGACAGAUUCGUGUUCAUCAAGACCCACAAGAUCUACUGGUGAGAGGCCGGAUCCAACCAAAUCUUGUCCGUCUUCUUCUUCCUCAUCACCUUCGUUGCUGCCAUUUUCCUGUGCCUCCUCUGUAUGGUCACCAUCACCUGUCGCUUCGUCCAUUUCCUGCACCGUCUCCCUCUGCAAUGAUAUGGCCCACACCUCAUCUGCUGCAUCACUAAGUCCGAAAAUUGCAAAGAUGGGGCUUCCAACUUCCAAAGCAUCCUGCUUAUCACAAUCAUCAGGAACAUCUUAUAUGACGACGGGAGUACGCUCACCCCCAUCACAAUCGCCAACUAACAAGCGGAGUGAGAUAUACUGCAGCUCACCGACCCUGUCACAGGAGUUUCUGACGCUUGACUUUACUCCGCACCUUUCAACAGCUCCAUUUGAUGGGUUGUUUCCUUCAUCACCGUUGUCGUUCAGCAAGCUCUCCUGCUCGCGUAGCCUGGAGAACUCCCAGGACACCCACCAACUUCUUCCCCAACCCUUUGAACACAGUGAGAGUUCCCCAGUUCCUCCCUGCAGUGUCCAGCUGCAGCAUGCUAAGGACUCCCUGAAAUGGUCUACAGAGAAUGUCCUAGAUAAGACCAGAGGCGGACAAAUAUCAGCGAGGACCAGGCCGAGGAUGGCUUCUAGAUCCAGUUUGUUGGCUCCGAAUCUGAGUGCAAUCCACAGCUCUAACAAGCCAACCCCUUUACAAGCAACAAAAAGGUCUCAGAAAGGCAACGUCGUCAAAGAAUCUAGUCAAGUAUCGCAGCGCGGGAAAUCUAGCCCUACAAAGAUGGCCAGUGUUCCUCAUUCCAUCCUCCAUCACUGGCCCACAGAUGAAAACGUCUCUUCCUCUGCUGCAGCAAACAGUGCCAGCGCAAGCACUUCCUCGCGACUGGAACGGGCGCGGGCAUCUCGAGGCAGUUCAAAUUCCACUCGCCCCAGGCCAACACCUCCGCAAGGUCCUUCUGCCAGUAGUCGACGAUCUCACCUCAACGCUAUGACCAGAAGGUCGAAUUCAAACCCAGAUACCGAACCAUUGCAUGACCUGUCAGGAGUUGCGGGAGUGACAGAGUCCGUGUGGGAAAUCGAGGCCGCUAAAUCUGGCCGUGUCCGGAAGGCGCAGGGACCUCAAUCUCAUCACGGGGUGGACUCUAACUCCAGUCUGAAUCCAGAGCCCUACCUGAGGAGAGAAGAGCGGGAAAACCUGUUGGAUGAUGGGUUCAAAGAAGAUCCACUAACCCAGAGGAAGCCACCACUGUCCUCAGGCGAGCAGGAGAAUCUUCUGGUGAAUGCCAGAAGUAACAAUCCACAGCAGAAGGGAUCACAGAACAGGGCCCGCAGCCUGAGGGAGCCAGAGGACGAUCCAGCAGCGCCAAGUAUCCAUCUCACCACCAGUAAGACAGUGGAAAGGUUUGACUAUGAUGAAAAUGUGGAGGAAGGGCCAGCUAAGGAAAGAAAGAUGGUGGAGCCAAACCAGAAUUCAUUCAACACCCCCACCAUGGAGAGGAGGUACUCUGGAAAUGGAUCCCAUUGCGACAUGGAUAACCCCGAGGACCGUGAGAAUUGGAAUCCCUCAGGUUCAAGAAAGAUCAACAAGAAGCAAGGUGGUGCAUCUGUGCUUUCUGUUCUGGGACAAGUACAGAAAGCUACUGCCGCUGCGAACUCAGCCGUUGCUGCUGUUCCUAGUGAUACAGAGGACACACACAGACAGUCCAAUAAACGGGGUGGAGGAGACGGAUUGGCUCCUGGUGUGAGUCCAUUCUACGUGGCGCCGGCACGCAUGUCAAAUCGAAAACUUGUGCGGAAUGCUCUGCGUGCAGUUUGCCUAGCUGGAACAGCCACACAAAUGAAGAAAGAAGAGGCACUGCAGGCCAUGGAUCAAAGCAAUGGGGAGAACUUUGUCAUUCUUUUCAAGAGUGACAAGUCCAUGAAAUUCAGUGGACUUUACUCCAUCAGCGGUGAUUCGUCAAAGGAGGAUAGGGACAGUGCUAGUGCUGGCCAGAGAGAUGGGGGCGAGAAUGUGGUUGGGCCCCAAAGGAGCAAGCGUGCAAACAAGCGGGGGGGCAAAGAUGGUGCUGUGAAAAACAAGAAGCAAAACAUCCCCUGGAGCUUGGAUGAGAGGAUCGCGCUGUCCAGAUUGAUGGUCGAGGAUGACGCCCUUAUGGCCGACGCCGACGGGCAGCAUCGGUUCAAGAGGAGGAAGGACCGAUAUGAGUUGGUGCACGAUCGGAUGGCAAAGCAGGGGUUUCCGCACAGGUCGGCGGAGGAUUGCCGUAAGAAGUGGCAGGGCAUGCUGGCGGCAGCGAAGUUGAUUCUCGACAAGUGUAAGAAUGCUUCGGGGAAACCUUCGUACUGGGACAUGACCGUUGAGGAGCGGAAGGCGGAGCAGGUGCCACUAGGCUUUGAGAAAGCUCUGUGGGAAGCGAUGGAGUGGAAACUCAAUCGGCCAUCCAUCGAGUGUGACAAGACGCUGGCGUCCGAGAACCGGCCAGGUAAUGCGGGGGGGAAUUCAACGACCGACGGUCCAGCACAACUGUCGUCGGGGAGGAGUGCUUCUGACACCAAAGCAACAGAGGAUUCGGACCAAGCAGCGAAGACCCGGAGGACGAACACUGGCAAAACCAGGAUGGACGACACGAUCAGCGGUGAGACAGCAUUGGGUAGGGCGAUGGAGGACGCGACACGGUCGGACGGCGAGGGUUUGGAUAAGGUCGCUGCCACUCUGGCGAAGGCAACGCCGAAGGCAGGCUCGGCGAUUGCGGCGCAGAUCGGUGACGUGGCAGAUGCCAUGCGUGGCGGGAACACUGUCCUUGAGAUGCUCGUGGGGGUUCUCGCGAGGCGCGGAGGUGGGGGGAACAGUGCUGCAUACGAGAGGGCGGAUACAGACCCCUCGACGUGUUAGAACUAUAUAUGUAUAUAUCGUCACAAACAGAACUGCCCGGUAAACCGUAGGCAGAGAGAGAGAAGAGGACAACAAACGAGGGGCUGUGAC